AUGGUGCUAUCAAGAUGUAAGAAAUCGGAAGUAGAAAUUGUGAAAGAGUGGGACCAGAUGCAUCUAAAUGAUAACCAGCUGCUGCAGGAGAAUAUAACUGUAACCUUGGGUGCUCACGAUAUCAGGAAACAGGAAAACAGGCAGCGCAUCUCGGUUGUUAAAUCCGUCCCUCACCAGGACUUUAACCGAAAAACACUGGUAAAUGACAUCAUGCUACUAAAGCUGAAACACAAAGCUCGACUCAAUAAUGUUGUGCAGAAAAUUGACCUUCCAAAGAGCCAGGACUGGGUGAAACCUGGGCAGGUGUGCACAGUGGCAGGCGGAGAUUCAGGGGGACCCUUUGUGUGUCACAAUGUGGCCCAGGGCAUUGUCAAUCGUAACUUUAAUACUAUAAAACCUCCUCGGGCAUUCACCAGAAUCUGUAGCUUUCUACGUUGGAUUCAAGAAAAAAUGAAACUUCUUCAACAACCCUAGAUGACAAGCCCUGUGUCUAGGGUAGUAUCCAACAUCCUGGGGUACAGC